GCCAGUGACGCGAAUGAAUGCCGAGAAAAGGAGGCACAUGACGGAAACUCACAAUGCACGGGCAGAGAAUGCAAAGUGGGCUCCAUAGAUUGCAGCGAUAGUCAGAUGAUUCCGCGGGCUGGGUUGGGGCUCUCAGAUGCUCGUAUUUCAACAUAUUAGGAGGAGUGUCAAAGUUCAGGAAAGGCAAGAGAAGAUUGCAGAGUAAAUUUUACAGCUGCCCUUUGCCAGCCAGAGACACCAAGGAAACGGCUGCCGCCAAAAUGACCAAGAAAGCAGAGCGGAGUUUGAAAGACAAAUUUGCCCUCAAGAGCAACUUGCUGAAGGAAGCUCUCGCAGAAUUCCUGGGAACAUUCAUACUGAUAGCCCUCGGAUGUGGGUGCAUCGCGCAGUCCGUCCUCAGCCGUGGGGCCCUGGGAGGCGCGCCGGUGAUAACGAUCGGCUUCGCCAUGUCCGUCACCAUGGCGGUUUAUGUUGCUGGAGGCGUCUCUGGGGGCCACGUCAACCCAGCCGUUUCAUUUGCCAUGUGCCUGACCGGAAGGAUGAACUGGGUCAAGUUCCCCGUGUACGUCCUCGCUCAAUGCCUCGGUGCCUUUGUGGGUGCGGCCGCCGUCUUCGGGGUCAAUUAUGAUGCGCUGAUGGCCUUCACCGGGGGCGAGUUCCAGGUCACAGGACCCAAUGCCACGGCACACAUUUUCGCAACGUACCCAGAAGAGUAUUUGUCCCUGAUGAACGGGUUUGCAGACCAGGUGAUGUCGACCGCCUUCCUUCUCCUGGGCGUCUUCGCCAUCUUUGACGAGGGCAACCUGAGGGUCCAGAAGGGCCUGGAGCCGAUCGCCAUCGGCCUCUUGAUCAUCCUCCUGUGCUCCUCCCUGGCCAUGAACAGCGGCUGCGCCAUGAACCCCGCCAGGGACCUGGCCCCACGCAUCUUCACGUACCUGGCAGGAUGGGGGACCGAAGUCUUCACGGCUGGCAGCAACUGGUGGUGGGUUCCUGUGGUCGGCCCGAUGGUGGGCGCAGCGUUUGGGGCGGGCGUCUACAUCCUCUUCAUCGAACUUCACCAUGCUGCUCGGCAGCCGCGCCGGGAGGAUGCCCAGCUGGACAAAUACGAGCUCGCGGACAUGGCGGAAGGGAAGCCACUCCAGGGGGACUACGCAAAGCCUUUCCCUUAAAAAGGGGGUAAACGCCCCCUCCCCUCCCCUCCCCUCCCCGCCCCACCCCGCCCCAAGCACCCCUCACUCAGUCAAGCUGAGUUCUCCUGAGACGGCCAGUGCAGAAUCCAAUCCCUCUGCCCACUCUCCUUGCAACAUUAGGGGCACUGCGCUCCAGAGACCACCCUGGCAGGAGACCUUUCUGGUGCUGAGGACAAGCUUCUGCCCUCUUCU